AUGGACGGGCUGUGGCAGCAGCAGCUGGUGGCGCAGUGGCUGGCCAGCCAGAGCCCCUUCGUGGGGGCGCCGCCCCCGGAGGCGCUGAUCCUGCAGGUGCCGCAGUUCGCGGCUCGGCCCGCCGUGCAGCCGCCCCCGCAGUACGCGGCCUUCCACCCCCAGCUGCAGCCGCAGCCGGCCUUCCACCACCAGCCGCCGCCGGCGCCAGCGGUCGCGCACCGCGCCCACGACGACGAAGAGGACUACUACGACGAGGACGAGGACUACGAGGAGGAGCGGGAGGACGAGGACGAGGAGUCGGGGGCGGCGCGCCUGUCGCGGCUGUCGGCCGUGACGGACGCGCUGCGCGAGCAGCUGGCGGCGGCGCUGCUGGAGGCGCGCGGCUCGGGGGUGGGCAUGGAGGCCGUGCUCGCCGCCUUCUCGGCCGCCUCCCCGGAGCCGCCGCCCGACACCGCCAGGGGCUUCCAGCAUCAGGGUGAGUCGGACACCGUGCACCUUCCCUCUAAACGCCACCCGCUGCUCGUCCUCGGGGGACCUACCAGCUCGGGAUGGGCUGCUCGUGGUACGUCGCCGCUGCGCGUGGCGGACGAGAAGCAGACGCAGACGACGCCACCCGUGUCGCCGGCGUCGCCCGCCCCCGCCGCCCCCGGCAGCGCGGCCGCGCCCCAGCAGGCGCCGCUGCGCCAGUUCUGCCCCCCGGCGGCGGCAUCGUCGUCUUCGUCGCGCGACUCGCCGCUCAUCUGGGAGAUCACGGACGACGACCAGCUGCACGACCCUCCGCCACCGCGACAGGGCGGCAGCGGAGGCGGCAAGGCGGCGCGGCCCGCCAAGUCGCUGCGCGGCAUCGAGGCGAUCGCGGCGUCGCUGAUGGAGCAGAAGGCGGCGGCGCCGUCGCCCGCCCCGGCCCCCGCGGCCGGGGAGGCGGCGUCGCUGUCGCUGCCGGCGCUGCUGCUGACGUCGCCGCCGGCGCCCACCCCCGGCCUGCUGCUGGACCUGUCGGCACCCGGCGCCGCCCCCGGGCGCCGCGCGGCGCGCUCCCGCGGCAAGGCGCGGCCGUCGCGCUCGCUGCCCCCCGCCGCCCCCGCCGCCGCCGUCGACCUCCGCCGGCGGCAGCCCGAGCCGGCGGGGGCGGGCGACGCCGCCCCCGUGGUGACGUCGGCGCGCGCCGACUCCUCCAGCGCCACCGACCUGCCGGAGAGCCCGCAGGCGUCCAGGGGCGCCGCCGAGGACGCCCCCGCCGCCCCCACCGAGGCGGACAGCACGUCGGACCCGGCGACGGCGGCGGCGCCGGCGGAGGAGGCGGAGGUGGGCGCCCUGCUGGAGGGCCUGGUGUCGGCCGUGGUGGCGCUGCAGCUGGGCGCCGAGCCGGCCGCAGACCGCUGCCUCGCGCGCGCCUUCUCCCGGCUGGACGUCGGCCCCCCGGAGCAGGAGCGGCCGGGCCCCGCGGCCGCGGCGCCGCCUCCGGAGGCGGCGUCGCCCAGUCCCGCCGACGCAAACGACCCCCCGGCCGCGCCGGCCGAAGCUCCCCCGACCGCGCCGGAGGCUGCGGAAGAUGGCGGCCGGAGGCAGCAGAGGGCUGCGGGGGUGUGCGCCGCCGUGCAGACGCCCACCUCGCUGCUCUCCGCCGACGCCUCCACGUCCGACGCCUGCCCCGACACAGAUAUCUUCAGACAACCUUUUGCGGCCCCCGAAGGUGUCCCAAACUUGUCGUUCAGAGCGGCAGAUUCUCUCCGUGGGGCCCAUUGCUUGGACAACGACUUAUCACAAAGUGACUCGGACGACCUACUGCUGCGGCCACCGUUCCGGCCGGCACCACGGACAGCCCCUCCGGAUGACGCGGACCAGGUGGUGCCGGCGAGUCCCCGGCCGGCGCGUGACGCCACAGUGCCGUUCUGCUAUGGUGGGCGCCUUCCCGCCUCCAUCUACUACGCGACGGGGACGCGUGUGACGAGGCCGCAGUGUGCUGCCGGCCUGGUGCUGCCCGAUAUCCUAAACGACGUGGCAGGAGCUUCCCCAUCACCCCCGGCCCCAGACGCGGAAUCUGAGUCGGAACCGGACGUUGAGACUGACGCUGAAGCUCCGGAGCUGGGCGUGGGGCGUGACGUCGUCACGGGCAUUCUGUACGACAUUGUGAGACAGUCUACUGGUGGUCAGAGCUCGCACCAGUCACCGACAGAAGACGACACGGCAAUGGAGGCGGAGGAACUCGCAGAGACAGAGGAGCAACCGACGGAACCGGAAGAUAGGCGAACGGAUCCGGAAGAUCGGCCAGCGGAACCGGAAGAGCAGCCGACGGGACCGGAAGAGCGACCGUCAGAACCGGAGGAGGGGGGACAGGCAGAGGCAGAGGAGGGACCAGUGGAGGCAGAGGCAGCGGCAGUGGAGGGACCAGUGGAGGCGGAGGCAGAGGCUGAGGAGGGACCGGCGGAGGCAGAAAUGGAGGACCCUGUGCCUCUCUCACCGUCAUUGGCCACUGGUGCUGAGGGUGCAAGUGCAGUACCUGAGGAAGAGCCUGUCAGUGUAAUCCCGUCCGAGAAGGAAGAUCGGGAGCAAGAAACUAAGACUGAGACCGAGGAGGGAGCGGCACAGAAUAAUGCCGAGGAGGUUGUGCGAGGCGUGGCCGAGGAGGAUUCCACAGGUGCGGAAGUUCCCGACGCCGUUCCCGAGGGAGAGAACGCGGCCUCGCGGUCGCCGAGGCCCCGCGAGGAAGCGGAGCGGUCCCCGCGUGACAGCCCGGUGGAGACGGCGGCGCCGACCUCUGCUGGCGAGGAGAGUACGCUGACUGCCGAGAGCGGCGAGACGGGCGACCGGGGCGACAGCGAAAUGGACGUCCGCAAGGAGGGGGACAGCCUGCGCUGCAGCGUGCCGCUCGAGAAGGUGCCGCAGUUCGACGCGGCUGCAGUGGUGCAGGCAGCAGACGCAGACAAGUCGGAGCUGAAAAAGUUCCAGUUCCGCAUGGAGCCGACGCACCGCACACCGAAGGGAUUCCUGUGCGAGGUGUGUUCGACGGUGUACAAGCGCUCGUUCAGCCUGAAGCGCCACUACCUGCGCUGCCACGUCAGCGUCUGCUACCUGUCUGAGCGCGACGUCGCCAACUGUGGCAUUGCCAACCCUUCCAAGGCUGGGGCGCCGCUCUCCUACGCCAAGGCCCCGGGAAAUGUGGAGUGCCCCGGGAUGUACCGCUGCCACACGUGUGGCGACUGGUUCGACGACAGACUGACUGGCUUGCGGCCGCACCUGCUCGACCACCCACAGCCAACUGCUGCACCACCGACGGACACAGGGAAGGGAACGAACUCCAAGCUGGAUACGAAUGGAGCGUGCACAGGUGCGGAAGCGCAGGGAGACCUGUCGAGUGCGGCGACAGUCCCCAGUGGUGUGGACGUCGCGGUUCAACCCAAAGUGGAGAUCGUACCCAGAUUUCUGUGUCUCUAUUGUGAUAAGAGGUUUGUAACGGGGCCGCUGUGCCGGCGCCACCAGAGGAGGGUGCACAUCGCCCGCGAGAACGCCGUCCGUCAGAAGCUGUCGGCGGCAGCUACGCCCGCCGCGUCCGAAGCGAACGCGAGUAAAGGAGCUGUCGCGAAUAAAGGUGCCGCCGCGGGUAAAGAACCCGUCGCGGGGAAGGAAGUCGCGACGAGUAAAGAAGUUCCCGCAAGUAAAGAAGCCGCCGCGGGUGAGACGAAACCCGGGGGUGGGGCGGAGGCUCCGGACGAGACGGCCACCCCGGCCGCGAAGAAGGAGGCCAGGCCCCGGCAGCCGCGACCCCACCAGUGCCCGUACUGCGCCGGGGGCGGCACCGUCUUCAAGGAGCUGGCGGCACUGGUGAGGCACUACCGGAGGCGGCACGCGGACCGCUACCACGUGUGCGCACCCUGUGCCACGCGCUUCCCGACGCGAGACGAGUUGGAGGCGCACGGUGUCGAGAAGCACGGCAGGAGGCCGCGCUCGUUCCGAGCGGAGGCCAGGGCUGCUGCCAAGGCCGUGUCCUCGAGUGCCGGGGACUCCGACUACCAGACGGCAGGUUCCUCGUCGUCGGCACCGGGCGCCUCCUGCCAGAAGCAGAAGAAGAUCAAGAAGCUUCCCGUCUCCGUCUUCACCACUACCACCAGGUACGGCAGUGGAAGGUCGAUGACGGAACAGUCUUCGGCACGAGCUGUCGAGGUGGAACUGGCGUUCUUCAGCAGAGUGUCGGACAACAUCCGCUACAACCUGCUGCACCACCUGGACGGCAAGCUGGAAUGCUCGGCUGCUGACAGAGACGUCAAGUGUGUGAAGACGGCUGCCGACGAACGCCGGGAAUCCGCUGUGGAUGUGGGCUCUGCCUGUGGCGAAGGGUGUCCGGAGUCUGCAAACUCGGGUGCAAAUACGGGAAAGAUCGACACUCCCGUGCUGGCGCUACCCACCGUUCGGAAAGCACCGACCUCUUUCUACCUGUCACGGCUGGACAUCUCGACACAACUGGCGAUGGGGCGCAGCAUGGAGAGGCCGCCCGCACCGUCGCCGCCGCGAUCGCCUUCUCCGGACGACGUGCCACUCGCGGGUCGGCUCGCACGGAGCCGUGCGGCACGCGAUCGCGUCGCGGCCGAUGUCGACUUCCACGCGGGGCUCAAUCUCGUGCGGAAUGCUGCGGGGUGCAGUCUCUCUGUGGAACCCUUGGACACUCGGACGGUAAACGAAGAUACUGCCUCUGUGGGUGAGACAGCUGCCCAUCCACUGUCCGCAUCUGCCCCUCCGACACCUACCGAAAAGGUGUGUGGGGGCGGCGGCGCACGGGUUCUGCGGCGGAGCGUCUCGGAGCGGGUGGUGGCGGAGGAGACGAGGGCGUCGGCAGCUUCGCCGCUGUCGCCAGAGGACGGGCGCGGGCUGGUGCUGAGUGGGGAAUGGGUGCGACCACGCAGUUACGUCUGCAUCGCCUGCUCGCGCACCUUCCCGGACCUCUGCGAGCUCGAGGAACACCACGUGGCAGCACACCCAAAUGUCAUCUGCACCCACUUCGAGCUGGAGGGACAGAGUGAAGUGGCGGACGGACCGUCAUCGGCGGGCCUGACCGCGUACGACCUGUGCAGACGUCACCUCGGUGCACACUGUGCGUACGACCUGAGGGUCAGCGGUACGGGGCCCGACAAGCCGGAGGAGGGAGUGAGGACGAGAGCCGAUGCCCACAAGGAGGCGGCGGAGAAGAAGGGAACGAGUACGGGCACACCGCCGGAGCCGGAGCCGCGCUGCACAAAGUGCGGCCGCACGAGCUUCUUUGCACAUCCGGAGUUCCACAGGCACAUCUUGGAGUGCGGCGGGGACACCAUGUGGCUUUCGAGUCCGGGUGGGACGGGAGCCAGUGGCGGAGGUAAUGGCGGGCGGAGACGACGCAAGUGGCGCACGUUCGGCAGCAGGAGGCGUCGCGGCGGAGGCGGGGCCGGCCGAGGCGGGUACCGGCGGAGUGCGCCUGCAACUCCCACGCAGUCGGGGGCAGGCGUGGGCCACCGCGGGAGCUCGCACUCUGGCAGCGGACGGCACUUCUUGAGUGGACACCACCAUCGCAACCGACACAACCGCCACUUACAACACCAGCACCACCGACACCUGCACCGCAAGGCUGGCGAUGGCGAUACGAUUCGUCGCAUGCUCGCCAACCUCCCCGCGAAGAGAUCCACUCGGAGGAUGAUACAGUUUGAUGACAUCAGGACGAGGACCCGUACCAACAUUUUGAUGCAAGCUCACCUGAAUCGCUACAAGCACCUGAACCGCCGCAUCGUGACCAACGCGUCGUGCUCGUACGGUCUGCGGGUCGGCAUCCAGACUCCGCCGUCGGUACCGUUGCCGUCGCCACCGCCGCCGCAGCCUGCCGCGAAAGAAGAGCGGCGGCGACCUGCGAACGUGGCGAGAGGGCAGCAGCCUCCGGCGUCUGCCCUGUGGGAAGCGGCUCGGUCCGGGUCGCCCCUCGCGAGGAGCACGACGCCUGCCGGCCGGCGCAGCCGCAGCCUGCUACUGCAGGACGCCGGAGCACCCAACGUCCACCGCCGUAGGAGCUCACUGCCACCUCCCGAGCGUCCGGAGACACCGAGCAGGAACACACGACAGGCACUGCAGAAAGCUAGCUCCGAGAAGGUGCCGCUACCGCUGUUGGACUCCAACCAGCAGGGGCCGACCACCAGGAACAGGAGUUUCCCAGGACCACCACCUCUCCCUCCUCCGGCCGUCCCAGAACUGGUGACACCACAAACUGGCACGUCACGUCCACAGACUCCGAGGCCGAAGACGCCCGUUUCGAGUGCCCAGCCCGUCACCACCAGGGCGCAGACGCCGGGGCCGGCGAGUCCCGUACAACUGACAAAAUUGAGGACGCCCGUCAAGAUGUCGGCGCCGAAGUCCACACCCGCCGAUUCAGAAGUUCCGCGGACGCAGUCGCCGAGCCCUCGGCGCGGGAACCGACCGAAGUCGGCCCCGGUGCCGGACCCGCGCCCACAGAAAUCGACCGCCGACUUGCCACACGUUCCGGUGCUGAGAUCCCGCGCGUCACGUCUCUCUCUCGAUUUGGGCCGACGAGAUGCUGCCGCACACUCUGUCGGGACGCCACCUUCUUCCCCUGCGAAGGUGAAAAAAUCGGUGCCUCCGAAAGGCAGAGUAGCUCCGGAGUCGGAGAGUGAGGAGGAGAAUGAAACGAAGCUGCACCAGACGCGGAGCAGGGCAAAACAGCAGACUGGAGUACCCGAAUGCGGUUCUCACAGUACCGACAUCCUGCAAGCUGGAAAUACGGUGUCUGCAACUAAGGGUACUGAGACGAUGACCAGAGGAAGUGUUGUAGAGACUGUAGAUCCAGAAAUCCAUAAGACUGACAAAAAGACUGAAUACGCAGCUUCUGACAGAGAUACCGAGCCGCUCGUGCAGGCAUCGAAGCAAAAGGUGCAGAAAGGGAAAUCAAAUAAGAAAGGACACGGUGAAUCGAAUGGUGUGCCACCUGUAAGUAGCGUGGUUGCACCUGCUGUUGUGAAGAGUGAAGAUGCAAAACCAACUAAGGGGAACAGGAACAGAAGUAGUGGCAGAGCAUCUGACAAUGGGACCGUCACAAAUAAGAAAGGCCACGGUGAAUCGAACGAUGGCCUGCCUGCAAUUAGUGCGGUUGCACCUGACGUGAAGAUUGAAGACGUGAAAUCCACUAAGGGGAACAGGAGCAGAAGUAGUGGCAGAGCACCUGACAAUGUGACCCUCACUCCUGAGGAAGGAGGAGCUGAUGUGAAGACUGUUCCCAAAGUGGAAUCUUCACCAAACAGGAAGAAGAAUAGGACUCCGUCCAAAGGCAAAGUAACUUCAACCACAGUCUCCACCAGCAAUAGCAGCAGAAUGAGUUCAGCUCCAGAAGGGUCAGAGUGUGACAGCGGCAACGUUAAAACUCGGCAAGGUGUGGAACUCGAGGCUUUGCAGUGCAUUAAAACUGAACCUGUGGACGAUGUGACAGUUGAAGAUCUCACUCGGCUCGUUACUGCCGAGAAGCAGUCACCCGACAGGAAAGUUUCGAAGUCGAAGAAGCCUCUAGGGGAAACUAAAGUGGUGAAAUCUCUUGCAGAAUCUGUGUCGGAUGUCGAAGUGAGCUCACGCGUAAUCGCUCCUGCGACUAAACACGGCGGAAGCAGUCGGAAGAAGGAGUCCUCCCGACCGAAGUCACUGGUGUCGAAAAAAGAAAAUGUAAGUGUAUCGGAUACGGAAACUCGUGUGGCUGUUGUUGUCAAAUGUGUGAAGAAUAACUCAAAAUCCAAGAAACCUCAGUUACUCGAGAAGAUAGAGAACGCUAAAGUUGAUAUUCUGGCAGAGGUAGAAAGCUUACCUUCAGAAAAUAUUGUUCUGUCUGUAGACGAGGAUACAGUGAAUGACGACGAUGACGACGAUGCCGAUGCUGACGAUGACGGUAGUAGUGAAAGUGACGACGAUGACACCGAUAGCGAAGAUGACGACUCUGAGGAAGGGGAGCUUAUCGGUAGAACGAGAUCUGAAAGAAAUCCAGACGGUACGAGAAUGUUCACUGUCACUCACAGGCUUCGUGCAAUGCCUAUUAUUAGAUUCAAACCGAAGAGCAUCAAAAAGGUUUCUAAAAAGAAUGUACAAGAAUCACCUGCAAAUCUGAAAGUCGAAGCGGUUCAGUCCAGUACUCCGACACGCAAAACUCCCGACACUCCAGCAUCUGGAAAGGCGAGUGGGGCGAAGAAAGUAAAAAGCAAAGUGAAAACACCAUCAGCAGAAGGACCCGGGGUGAGUGAAAUUUCAGGAAAUAGCGACUCGGCAGGCUGUCAGGAGGGCAGUGAACCUGCAGCUUCUGGCGGAGACGCGCCGGCACCUCCGGCAAGUGCAAAAUCUCCUCCCAAAAAGCGUAAGAGCACUCCGAAGACAAAAUCUGCAAAAGAAGUGGAAACAAAAGGUAACACAGUUGGAGAAGCGGAUGUGGACCUUACUCCCACGAAGAGACGGGAGCCAGAAGUAUUGGACAGUGAUGUAGUGCCCGAUGAUCUCGCCAGAUAUGAGCCUAUCGUUCUUUCCGAAAGUGAACGUGAACAUCAUCUGGGAGGAAAAGGAGAGGCAGAACAAAAAUUAUCGAAGAUCAGUGACAGGACGAGGCAGAAAAUAGGACGUCUGAGUAGUCCAGAAGGCAGUACGGAUUGGAGACUAUCUGUUGACUCAGUAAGUAUUUUGUUACCUGAAAUGGACAGUAACGCCGAUUUGAAAGUUUUGGAAAGUAAAAACCAAAAAACGCUACUCGAUAGUAGUGUGCCUACGACAUUAGGUGAAGUUUCUGUAACUGCAGAAAGUAGUGUGACAACUCCAAAACUGAAGGGUGUGAAGUUGUCAAAGAAGAAGAAGCCAGGGCGACAGAAGAGUCUUCUGGAUAGCCCAGUUGUUGCAACUGCAGAGCUCGGCAGCCGAUCAGUUUUGCUGCCGUACCCUCUGGAUAGCGCAACUGGUGACAGUGAAAGAAAAGAGAAAGAUGAGGUGGUCACCGAUGCCAUUGUUAAAGCCUUCCCGACAGAGUCAAAAGCUCUGAACCAAAAAAAGACUACCUCUGUGACAAAUUCUCCCAUAAAACGGGAUCCACUAAAAACCACUCUAGAGGGUAUCGACGGUGACAAAAAAUCUACUUCGAUAUUUUGCGACACUGUUCAGAAAGCUCCGACAGCCGAGGUGAAAAUAGUGCAACGGAAGAGGACUUCAUCUCUUACAGAUCUCACUGCAGAAAUUGAUACACCAUUAUCUGCUACAGGUGGUGUCGUGGAGUGUAACGUAAAUGAAACUGGCCAUAAAGAAAUCUCUGAGAACAACAGAAAGAAGCAGCAGAACAAGACCAUAACAAAACAGAAACGGAGUGCAUCUGCUACUGCUGUUGUCGAGAAACUGGAACCUCGCACAUCCACCUCUGUCAGUGUGGAGCGAGUUGUCACAGUGGCAGAUGUGACGGAUUUGAUUGCUGACGGUAGUGGUAAGUCCCCGAGCAAGUCAAAAUUGAAACGCAGGAGAGCUGCCUCUGCCUCAAAAGCCUCGGAAUCACAAACCGCACCGACAGAUGAUACGGUGAAAGUGGUAGACGGUUCAAUCGGUGCGAUAGCUAAAAGCUUGCCAGAUACCUUCAACACUUCCAAACAGAAGAAAACCUCUUCCACUGAAAAUUUGACUGAGAGAUCUGACACUGGUGCACCUGUUGUCAGUGAUUUACUAGAACAAAAUUCACAGAUUUUCCCUGGAAGUCCAGCUGUUGAUUUCAGUGAGAAAAUAGUCCCGAGUAAGCCAAAAACUUCUAAACGGAAAAGGAACUCUUCCGUUACAAAGCCUGUCCCAACAUCAGAAUUAGUGGCGGAUGAUAUCGACAGUGAGGUAAUACAUUCCGUGAAGGAAGAUACGACAGAACAUUCCACAAAUGAAAGGACACCGAAUGGAAUUGACUCUGUUAAGGAAGAUGUGGGGACACUGCCAGAAAAUUCUGGGCACAAAUCUGCCUCCGUUAAGAUGUCCGCAACAUCUGACUCGAUGCUAUCUCUUGCGGACAGUGGAAAGGAAAACACAGAUGUGACAGGAGAAGCUAUAAAUAUUGCUGCAAAAUCGAUGCCGAGUACUUCUAAAAAGAGGAGAAAUGCAUCCAGUGCUAGAAAGUCCAGAAGAUCUACUUCUGCAGAGGUACCCGUACCAGAGUGUGGUGCCACAGUGGCCGAUGCGGCAAUGUGUGCCAGUACUGAAAAUGAGGAAUUUCUCGAACCUCGGACACAGUCGUCAGAAGUCAGUGUCUCCGAUAGUGAGAGUGGCGGGAAAGAGCACGGGAAGUUGGAGGUGAGCACUCUGACCACAGUGAUCCCCAAUGGGAGCCCAGUUUCUGCAGACGAGGUGCACUCCGAGAAGGGCCUCAUCUUGGCCGCCAUGAAGGUUGCAAUGAUGGGUGCAGAGGUUCGACCGUCUGCGACAGUUGACGAUAGUGAGAACGUGUACGGGAGUUCGGGUGGCGGAAAAACUGCACGAACCGGCACCGGCCGGGGUACGACUCAGUCUGAGGCUGGCGGGAGGAACCUCUGCGACGAUCGGCGGAAGGUCUGCCGGCAGUGCGGUCGGGACUUCACGUCGAAUUCCUCUUUCUGGAAACACAUCCAACGGCACUGCACGAGCCCGUGCCGGGUGACUCUGGCACCCGUCUCGUGUUCUGACGUAGGAGGGCCCCUACAGGUUGAGAGCGGCCGUACUGGCAGAGUAAACGACGUAAGCAAUUCGGCGGAGGAAGUCCGAAUUGCUGUCGGAGACUCCGGUGUUGGGAUUUGCACCGUAGUUGCCGACAUUGCGAAAGACUGUGAAGGUGUGGCAGAAGUAAAAAAUACGGAAGACGGAAAGGUUAACAAUUCUGGUGACAUCGGUCUAGACGGAGAAGAUGCCAAUAUUUUUGUGCCGGAAAGUGUCGACGUAUCUGAGGCGAGUUCUACGGGUGUAACGACAGAAGGGGAACGGGUCGAGAGUACGCACGUGAAGGAAGUAAACGACGAGGCCCCGGAAACGUACGAGGUUAGCGCCGAGCGUCCGGAUAGCAGAGUUUCGGAGGAUGCCGACGAGAUGCCUCUCGCCCGACUCCUCACCGGUGAACGCGUAGUGUCUCCUGAAGUGUGUAAUUUACAAGAAAACAAAGGAAAAUCAGAUUACCGGCCGUGCAGUGUGACAUCGGAGGAUGCGGAGAAGGCACUGAGUGUAGCUUACAGAGUGGAAGCCGGAGGUAGAAUUUGCUUGACAAUUUCUUCCGGUGCAGUUACCGGUAAAACGUCGGACGACACAGUUAGCUCCGUUGCCACCGACGUGACGGCAGACGUUUCACAGGGAGUGCCCUCUGACGAGUCACUGUCGUCCUCCGAAGAUAAGGACAGUGGCACCAAGGAGCCAGGCUCGACAGAAGAAUGUGAAACGGUAGAAGAGAGUAGUGAACAGGAUUUGUCCGAUACGUCAAAGUCGGACGGUGUCGGUGACUUCAAUGGAGCGAUAACACGAGCAGAAAUCGGCGAAGAGGAUUUGCCCGGGAGACCGAAGGUGGGCAGUGUCGAUGACUCUGACGGAGUGGUAACACGCGAAGAUGAUUUGCCCGGUAGUUCGAAGCGGGAUAGUGUCAGUGACAGUGUGGUAACACAGUCAGUUUCAUCUGCAACGAGUGUAGUAGCUUCGGAGGGUGACAGGUGGAGAAGUUUGGCAGAUGUGACGGAGGCAGCUCUGGGUCGGACUGAACGUGAAGAGGUGGAGGCUGCAGACGGCUCAGUGGAAAAGGCAGCAGAUGAAGAACCGCCACCAGAUGGAAACGUCAGUUCUGACUGUUUUAAGGAUGCCGACAGGGGCAACAGCAAUCUCGAUCCCGUCAUCGAAUCGCCAGAACAGACAGCAGUGGCCUCACUUAAAAGGAAAAACAAAAAACAGGAGCGUCAGCAUUGGGCUGCGGCGAGUAUCUCUCUGCAGACAAAUUCCAAUGCACCGGCCGUCACUGCAGAUCCUGAACCAUUAAAAAAGUCGAGCAAGAAAAGUGUGAAUGGCAGGAAGGCAGAACAUGCCAGACAGGCUAGUCAGGGCUCGGAGGGGUCGGGUUCGGGCACCUCCGAGGGGGAAGAAGACGUGCCUCUGUCCUCACUGCUCAGGACAGUAAAGGAGUCUCGGAAGGUCGGCUAUGAAGAGUCGACUGAGGUGCGUCAAGAAAAUGUGGAAGGCCAGCUGAAUGUCAGUACGGUGGUCAGCUGUACUCCCGAUGUCACUCGAGGGAGGUUGCCGCGAUCAGGGGGGGAGUGUGCUGCAGCUGCCGAGGAGGCGUGUCACACUUCCAGCCUGACCGAAGUGGAAAAGUGUGCCACAGAAUCUGGGGGAAUAACAGUGGACUCGGCAGAGGACCACGAGGAGGUUGCGACUGUUUGUAGUGUCGAGAAAAGCUCGAAAGAAGUUGUGGACGUAGUAUCCACUGACGUCAUUCGGGACUUUCAAAUACCCUCAGAGGCUAAUGAAGUGUAUCGCACAUCCUCAGAAUCCUCGUCGAGCAAAAGGAAGAGGGCUUCUGAAGAGGACAAGGAUGAUUGUUUGAUUACUGAUACUGUUGCUGCUGCUAUUUAUACUGUAGGGGGAGACGAAGCCAACUCAGUUGCAGAUAUUCAACCCUUUAAGGUGGCAAGAAAAGAUGUGCCGAUCGAUAGUACCUGUCCGGAGGACGAGAAUACGGAAUCGUCAAUAUUAGUGAAUGAGAAUGCUCAACUCGGAUUGGCAGGAAAUGUGGAGCGACCUGCGUCUUACGACGGUUCGAGCGAGUUCGAAGAGGGGACCUGUAUCGAGGUGUCUGCUGCAGUUCGUCUGUCGGACGAAGUGACAUCACGACGUGUGGACACACCUGAAGUCGGUGCAGAGUAUGCGAAUGUGCCAGAAGUAACCACUGAACUGGCCCGUACUAGUCUCGCACGGGUAACCGCAGAGCAAAACUCUGGCGAAGUUGCAGUUUUGUCACACGGCAGCUUCGAAUGUGCGGAGCCGGCAGACACCCUUCAAAUUUCAGACGAUCAGAGUGUUGUCGAUCUUACUCCUGAGGAAAUUCAGAAUUUACUGCCUCCCUUGCACACCGGCCCUAAAAUGGACUCUGUCAAGUUUGGCAACACGCCUCUAGAUAGUGAAGAUUUGACUGCCUGCUUUAACGCCCCGUCAGAAACUCUGCCCGACCCGGAAUUUCUUUUUGCGGACUUACCGGUGCCCGUACAUUCGUCGAACACGUGUGACGGUAGUGUGCAGCCAGAGGUAAAUGUUGACGGAAUCCCAACUGUAGACGGACCCGAAGCGGCGGCGCAGCUGCCAAUUACAGACAGACUGCAGCCAGAUUUCUCAAUCAGUAUUCCCGAGUGCGGAGACACGUCAGUGGGCAGUGGAGAGGAAAAUGCAGAGGACAUUUUGAUAGGUGGCUUACUGCCACACGGUGAGGAGGAAGUAUCGGAGGUUAACGUAAAUAUAGCUGGAGGUCUGUCUGUGAAGGAAGUUGAGCCACCGGCAAAAGGUGAAGGGCAGUACGGAGAUGAAGAGGAGAGAACAUCAGAGAAAAAUGACGAGCAGUUUGUAUACCACUCGGAGUGUGCAGCCGUCGAAGUGGCACUGGUUAAUGUUACAAAACGAGAAAAGAUUGUCACGACGUGCUCUGCAGAGCUGGACAUUUCUGACCCGAGGGACUACCGAGACAGGAAGAGAAAGCUGUAA